AUGGCAUUAGUAGCUGACGAGGAAUUGUUGAGCUUUUCAUUCCGAUGGUUUGUUUUUAUUACGGCAGGUUUACCUUUCACUGCCUUAUUUCUUUGCAUAUCAUUAUCAUUAGCAUUACAUCUGGAUGAAUCUACUAGAACCCAUUGCGGUGUUGUAAAUUAUUUGCCUUCCAUAUCGGCUGCUGUUGCAUCUUUCUCACCAGAGCGCUAUAUUUGGAGGUUUUUCAUUGCUUUGCAUUCUGCACCGCGUAUUGUGGCGGCUUUGGCGUAUAAGAAUCUGUUGCUAACAUCUCCGUUACGACCGUUAAGUGAUCGUACAUGGUUUGAAUUAUCUUGUCAAAUAGCAUGUUUUUUAAAUAUCGCUGAAGCUUUAUUCCUUCUUCUGUUAACUACCGCUUCAUCAGUCGAAAACUAUGUUGUACAUAAAGUAUCAUUUCUUGGAUUUUCUCUCUGCUCAACGAUAUAUAUGCUUGUAGCAACGACUCUGUUUCAAUAUUCUGGUAGACGUCGUACAUCUUCACUAGGAGAAAAAUCAUUCCAAUACAAAGUACUUAUGUGUUCCAUAUCAAUGCUAUCGCUUCUGCUUGCCGUAUAUUUCUUCGAGCGUCAUAAUACAUAUUGUGAGCCUGGGAUAUAUACACUGUUUGCUAUUGCUGAAUACGUUGUUGUAUUAACCAAUAUACUUUUUCACUGUACCUUACUUUUUGAUUUUCACGGGAAAUAUUUUAUCUUGACUUCAUCUGGUCCAAACUUUCAUUAUCAACCUCUGUUGCCGGAAUUUAACGCUAAUAAACGUUCUACUUAA